CAUGCUCUUGGAAAGGGGCCGCGGGGAGAAAGGGGGCCCCGCACAGCCCUGCGCCUUCGCCCGGAACACAGAGAUCCCGCUGUGUGCCGGGUGCAGCCAGCCCAUCGUGGACCGCUUCAUCCUGAAGGUGCUGGAGCGCCACUGGCACAGCAAGUGCCUCAAGUGCCACGACUGCCAAGCUCCGCUGGCCGAGAAGUGCUUCAGCCGUGGGGAGAGCGUCUACUGCAAGGAGGACUUCUUCAAGAGAUUUGGCACCAAAUGCGCGGCCUGCCAGCAGGGCAUCCCUCCCACACAGGUGGUGCGCCGGGCACAGGACUUUGUCUACCACCUCCACUGCUUCUCCUGCAUUGUCUGCAAGCGGCAGCUGGCCACCGGAGAUGAGUUCUACCUGAUGGAGGACAGCCGGCUGGUCUGCAAGGCUGACUAUGAGACCGCCAAGCAGAGAGAGGCAGAAUCCACGGCGAAGCGGCCCCGGACGACCAUCACCGCCAAGCAGCUGGAAACCCUGAAAAACGCCUACAACAACUCCCCCAAACCGGCUCGGCAUGUCCGGGAGCAGCUCUCCUCUGAAACUGGCCUUGACAUGAGGGUUGUUCAGGUUUGGUUCCAGAACAGACGGGCCAAAGAAAAACGGCUGAAAAAAGAUGCCGGGCGGCAACGGUGGGGACAGUAUUUCCGCAACAUGAAACGAUCAAGGGGAAAUUCCAAAUCUGACAAGGACAGUAUCCAAGAAGAAGGUCCAGAGAGUGACGCAGAAGUUUCCUUCACAGAUGAACCAUCGAUUUCGGAGAUGAGCCACUCCAACGGCCUCUACGGCAACCUCGGGGAGAACUCUCCAGCCUUGGGGAGACAAGCCGGGACCAACAGCAGCUUCUCCUUGGAGCACCCUGGCAUCCCAGCUCAGGACCAGUACCACGACCUCCGGUCCAACAGCCCCUAUGGCAUGCCCCAGUCCCCGGCCUCCUUGCAGGCGUUGCCUGGCCACCAGCCACUCAUGUCCAGCUUGGUCUACCCGGAUGGCGGCCUAGGUAUUGUGGGCCAAGGUGGACAGGCCAUGCCUCAGCCAAUGAGGGUGCUAGGUGGGAAUGGACCCAGUUCGGACAUCUCCACAGGGAGCAGCGGAGGGUACCCCGACUUCCCAGCAAGCCCUGCCUCUUGGUUGGACGAGGUGGACCAUGCCCAGUUUUGAUACCGGACUGAAGUUCUCACGAAGCUGACCCCAUCCAGUUUGAUGCUGGACCUGUUUGCUCAUGGAAGGUCCAUGGAGUUGAUUCUGCCCAGUUUUGAUACGGGAUUGAAGUUCUCAUGAAGUUGAUGACUACUCAUAUUUGGUACUGGACUGAAGAUCUCAUGAACUUGAUGACUCUACUUAGUUUUAAUCGUGAAGUUCUCAUUAAAGCUGGUCCAAUCCAGUCGACUGGAGACUCAAGAGCUCAUGGAAACGCCAUAGAGUUGAACCUGGCCAGUUCAGUGCUGGACAAAUGAGUUCAUGGAAGGUCCAUGGAGUUGAUUAUGCCCAGUUUUGAGACCGAAUUUAAGUUAUCAUGAAGUCGAUGACUACCUACAUUUGAUACUGGACUGAAAUUCUCAUUGAAGUUGUUUCUAUCCAGUUUUCUGUAGUCUCAAAAGCUCAUGGAAAGACCACGGAGACCAGACCAGAGCUCAUGAAGUUGACAACUCUAUCUAGUUUUGAUACACCAAGAUCUCAUGAAGAUGCCCACCCCCAGUUUGGUGGAGACUUAUUGGCACAUGGAAGGUUAACAAAGUUGACUUUGUUCAGUUUUGGUAUCAACCUGAAGCUCUCAUGACAUUGAUUACAUCUAGUUUGGUGGAGAAACCUAUGAGCUCAUAGAAAGCCCAUGAAAUUGCUUCUGUCCAGUUCUGAUACCAGACUGAAGAUCUAAUGAAGCUGACAACUCUCAUGAAAGUUGAUCCCAUCUAGUUUGGUGGAGGAUUCAUGAGUUCAUGGAAGGACAACGAUGAUAACCCUGGCCAGUUUUGAUACCAGAUUGAGGUUCUCAUGAAGUUGACUCUGCCCAGUUUGGACUUAUGAGUUGAUGGAUGGUCUAUGGAGUUAAGUCUGUCCAGUUUUGAUACCAGACUGAAGAUGUCAUGAGCUGACAACUCUAUCCGGUUUUGAUCCUGGACUGAAGAUCUCAUGUAGUUGAUGAUUCUAUCCAGUUUUGAUUCUAGACUGAAGAUCUCAUGUACCUGUUGACCCUAUCCAGUUUUGAUCCUACAUCAAAGAUCUCAUGAAGUUGACAGAUCGAUCCAGUUUGAACCUGGACUGAAGUUCUCAUAAAAGUUAAUCCCAUUCAGUUUGAUCUCAUCCAGUUGGGAGGACUCAAGAACUCACAGAAGUGCCAUGGAGUUGAUUCCGUCCAGUUUUGAUACUGCGCUGAACAUUUCAUGAAGUUGAUGUCUCUAUCUAGUUGUGAUACCAGACUGAAGAACCCAUGGGAUUGACUCCAUCCAGUUUGGAAUAGGGUUUAUGAACUCAUAGGAGGGCCAUGAAGUUGACUCUGUCUAGUUUUGAUACCAGUCCAAUGACCUCAUGAAGUUGACCCCAUCCAGUUUGUUGCAGGCCCAUGAAGUUGACUCUGCCCAGUUUUGAUCUCAUGAAGUCGACCUCCCAUCCAUUUGGUGCAGGAUUUAUGGACUUUAUGGAAGGCCCAUGAAGUUGGCUCUGCCCAGUUUUGAUACCAAUCAUGACGCUGGUGGAGGACUCGAGAAGUUGGGGAGUUUAGCCAUCAAAGACAAUGAACACAAAGCAACAUGGACGAGUUCGAGGAGGAGGAGGAGGAGAAUAUGAGAUCUUCCCAACGUGACCGACAUCCGGUUUUUGCAUUUUCGUCCUACCGGGUUGUUGAACUCUAAACAGACUUGUGCUUUUCUGGGUUUGUGUACAUGGGCAAGGGAUGGGGUGGGUUUAAUGUGGGGACCCCUCCCAAAUCUACCAAGAGAUCCAAGUGAACCUUCAUUGUCAAAAGGUCCAUGGAAUGUUAAUGGACUCAACAAGCGACACACAAGGAAAAAAACCAUUGAUAUAUAUUGAGGAAUUCCCUUCUUAUUUACUCUCAUGGAAUAGUUUUGAGUUUUUCUGAGCAAGCUUAAUCUGUAUGAUUAGAUUUCCAAAAGCCAACAGUUCCAAAUCUUUCAUUUUUCUUAGUAUUCGUUUGAAAAUAAGACGGUACAUGGUUCUCCUUUUCAAUGGCCUUUAGAAGCCUCUCUUUUUAUGAUGUAAGAAUGGGUUUAUUUUUCCCUCCUUGACUCCUUCAACAGAUUCAAAGCAUCGGGAUGGAGAAGCUCAUUUGCAUAAACCCCUCCCCUUUGUUGACCUUGGAAAGGUGUUAGCUGCGUGGGAGGGCCUCCAGAUUGAUUGACAAGGCAGCCAGCCAAUAAGGGCUGCUCUCGAAUGGUACCAUAGAUAGAAAGAUGGCUACCUUGAACGUUAUGUAUGUCUUUACUCCAGUGGAUGAUGGAACAUAUGGCACCCACCCAAGACACCAGACUCACACCUGCAAUUGUAAUUCCAAAUGUUUCCUAAGGUUGCCCCAUUUGGCUUCCUGGUUGCCAAAAUAUCCCUUUUGAGCGUAGACCUUUUUUUGCCCCAUUUUCUAACCAUUUGUCCUCGAUGGAAAGGAAAAAGUGACACCAUCUCUAUCUCAUAACCUGUAAACGCUGAGUAUUGACUGUAGGUUAUGUGUUCUGUCUGAUGUCUCUCUCUCUCUAAUCCGAUACCAUGAAAACUUUCAAUAAAUUUGUCAGCAAAAGAUU